CCGGAAGAUCAUCAGCUGACGCUAGCGUGUGUACUCAAAGAAUUUAUAAUCUCAACCCAGCAACCAUGGUGGACGGGAACGCGAGCGGCCCGUUCUUGCGCACGAUCGAGUGGGACAUGAUGGACAAGCGGAAAUUCUUCCCCCUUUCGAUGCUGAGCUCUUUUUCGGUGCGCUGUGCCCUGUUUCCGCUGACGGUGAUCAAAACACAGCUCCAGGUACAGUUCCGGAACGACGUGUACAAGGGCAUGAUCGAUGCGGGUAUCAAAAUCUACCGUGCCGAGGGUGUGCCGGGUCUGUACCGGGGCUUCUGGAUCUCCUCGGUGCAGAUCGUGAGCGGGGUGUUUUACAUCAGCACGUACGAGGGCGUCCGGCACGUGCUCGGCCAGUACGGUGCAAACCAGCGCAUGAAAUCGCUCGUCGCCGGCGGUUGUGCGUCGCUCGUCGGCCAGACCAUCAUCGUACCGUUCGACGUCAUCUCCCAGCACGCGAUGGUGCUCGGGAUGGGCGCCCACGGAGGCGCCGUCAAUCCGCUUGGCAUCAACUUCGACAAGAGCAGCAGCCGGUUACGGAUAACGCGCGAUAUUGCGCGGGAAAUAAUGCGCCGUGAUGGAGUACGCGGGUUCUACCGGGGUUACACCGCCAGCCUGAUGGCGUACGUGCCCAACUCGGCCAUGUGGUGGGCCUUUUAUCACCUCUACCAGGACGAGCUGUUGAAGAUCGUACCGCCGUGGGUGUCACACCUUUUCGUGCAGUGCGUGGCCGGCAGCUUCGGGGGAUUCACGACCACCAUCAUCACUAACCCGCUCGACAUCGUCCGGGCACGGUUACAGGUGCAGCGGCUCGACUCGAUGAGUGUCGCUUUCCGUGAGCUGUGGCACGAGGAGCACUUCCACAUGUUCUUCAAGGGGCUGACGGCACGGUUGGUCCAGUCGGCCGCAUUUUCCUUCAGUAUCAUCCUCGGGUACGAAACCAUCAAGCGGGUUUCGGUCAACGAGCAGUACCGGCACAUGAUUAGAUGGUAACGCGUCGGCGGCGUUAGGCGUGCACGCUCAUUUCUAGCAACGUAAGGAUCGAUUUUGUACAGCAUAAAACGCUAUAAGCAUCACUAGCAGCAUAGCAAACGUUCAUUCUUUCGUAGUCGUUACACCAUUGUGAGUGUGUGUAUAUCUCACCAGGGAUUUGUAGCCGUAAGGAACAUAAAGUUAUAGCCAAGGAUAGAAGGGAAUUGUUCGACUAGACGUGCAGCUUAGUUUGGCCGUUCCAGCAAACUGUGAGCAGUGGUACAAUAAGAGAAAAAGAAACAAUAACAGCACUGAGUAGAGGCUGACUGUGCAUAGCUAAAGAUAGGUUUAAUCGAUGUGCAAUAGAUUGCGUAAUGUAAGCUGUCAAACAGCGUAGGGCAUAUAGAAACCUGAAAUUAUGUGUGUUUCAAGAAAAGCUACGUUUUACAACGGACCAGAAAUAGUAACACCUCCCGAACUUAAUUUGAAACGUGAGAACCAUAACAUUUCUUUAACCUUUCAUUACAUUUUUUUUAUUCAAUUAACCACGAAAACAUACAGAGCAACCUUAUGAAGAAAUUGUUAUCACUUUGUAAUUUACAGUAAACUUCAAUAAUAUAUUUGCAAGACGAGUUUUCAACGUUCCAUCAAAGUGGUGGAAAAGUUAGGUCGAAACAAUCAAAUUUACAUCCAUUGUUGAAUAGCGGAAAGCACAUUCACGAAGAAACGCUACACGUAAACCAAAAAACAAAAAAAACAUGCUAGUUGUAAUAAACUAAACCAGUUGCAUACCGUUACCUCCUUAUAUUAUGUUGCUAAUUGACUUACUGAAGAAAAGUAACUACCACUUGUUGCUGAUAAGUGUUAACAUAUUUGCCAACUUGUAAAGUUGUACACAAUAAAUAACUUAAGUUUAGACUUAUUUUAUGAACUACUUUAGUGUGUAUUGUAAGUCACAUUAUAUUGGCGAGAUAUUAUUAACAGCGGAUUCUUUCGGCUAUAGUUCCCUAAUUCAAUAUUAUAUUUAUUUCAAUUUUGAUGCUUACACUUCCGACCGAUUAGCAUCGAUUUCCUGUGGUCGACUGAUGAAUUAUCAGCACAUAUACAGGUUAAUCAGACGGUAGAAACGUAAUGAACAGAUUGGGAAAGGUUUAUGCUAGUGAAAGCCCUUCAUUUGUUAAACGUUAGAAAGCAAGCAAUAGACACGAGACCAACCGUAGGCCGCGUAGCAGAAAUCGAAGAAAUUAUAUAGGACACACUUAAAAGCGCCCCAUCCAAAGCAAGUUCGCGACUGUUUCGUUGUAAUUAUUUAUGUUAAAGCGUAGGAGAUGUUCAGUUUCUCCCACGUCAUUGGACGUUCGUACAAGAAACGCCGCCAGCGACGGAGUGGUUAAAUGUAGCAAAAAUAAAAACUCGAGGAAAACGCUGGUGUAAAGUGUAG